AGCGAAGAGAGCGCUCCGCCCCCUGGGCGCGACAGAGAGAGCGCUCCCGGGCGUUCGCGCAAGAAAGGCGGCCCGAGUAUAGACUACAAGUACGAGGCUUGCAUCGACUGGAAUCAUUACGGGCCAGCUUGCUGCGCCGAGCAGACCCGUCUCUACUCGCUCUCGGUCGCCGAGAUGUACUGGCGCGUCGUCUCGCCGGUCCGGCAACGCGAGCUGGAGCUUUCGCGCAACACGCCGGCCCUGCUCAAGGACCACGGCCCGUUCUCGCACAUGCGGCGCGCGGGCACCCUCCCUCCGCCCAGGCCGCCCAAGCUCGACGCUGCCGGCAACGUCAUCGCCUCCAAGCCCGUGGAGCGGGUGCUCUACAAGGACGGCGAUGGCGAGGAGUUUGAGGUGACGGCGGACCGGAAGCGCAAGCUGAGCGACGUGUCCGCGGCGCUGGGCUCGCUCGCGCUCUGCCCACUCCUGGUGCGCAUCUGGGAGCGCGACGGCACCCCGAUCACCGCCGACGCCCAAUGUGCGUGCCAGCGGCUCGGCGGCGCCACGACGAUGCCGGCGGCGACGGCGGAGGGCUCGGGCGUCGUGAAGAAGGAGGAGGGAGGGGAGGGCGGCGGCGGCGUGGCGGAGGGCGUCGGAGCAGACGCCCCUCCGCCCAAGAAGCCGCGGCCCCCCUCUCGGCCUCCCGCCGACCGCAGCGCGGCUCGCAGACCGACGGGCGGCGGCGCGGCUGCAGACAGAGAGGUCUGCCGGCUCGGCGCGCUCGACUCGCUGCUGGUGCUGCAGAGAGGGGCGGCGCUGCUCACGGGAGUGUGUGAGCUGUGCGCCGCCGUCGCGGCGCCCUCCGCGCUGCCGCGUGCGCACCGGCCCCACUCUGCGACGCGCGAGCCCAACGGGUCGAGCAGCAGCCCUCCCGCGCCGGAGGAGGUGGCUGCGGUCGCGCAGGCGCUGCAGCUCCUCUCGUGCUGGGUCGCGGGCCGGUGCUGGCUGGGCAAGCUCCUCGCCGAGCGGGCGGAGCAGGUCUGGGACACGCUGCACGCGCGUGGUGGCGCGCGGCUCGACGCGGCGCUCAUCCUCUCUCGCGAGGCUGUGCGCGCAAACUUCGCCGCCAGCAAAACCAUCGACGCGCUCAGCCGGCACAAGGCGGCGGCGGUGCAUUUGCUCGCGGCGGCUCGCGCGAAGGCGACGGCUGCCGAGACCGUCGCGGGGGGCGUCCCGGCGGCGUCGCUGCACCCGCUGCCGCGACUGGCGGCGGAGGUGGCUUGGGACGCAGAGACGAGGCCGCAGCCGGACGCCCAAGGAGCAAGGGCCGAGCCGGUAGCGGCUGGGGAGGCUUGCGCCGCCGCCACUGCUUCGGCCUCUCCUGCCGUUGCCGUCGCCGCUGCUGCCACCGCCGCUGCCACCGCCGCUGCCACUGCUGCUGCGACGGCGGCCGCCGCCGAGGCUGCGCGCGCCGUGGAGGAGGUAGAGGUUGCUGUAGAGCGGCGGCGUGCAGCCGUGGUGAGGGCGCGCGCGGUGGUGUCGCUGCUCGAGGCUGCGGUCGGGCUCGGCGACGCGAUGCUCGGCGAGCUCGCGGGAAGGCAGCGGCGCGGCGCCGCUGUCUUCGCCGUCGCGUCGCGGUGCGGAUGGGAGGGGCUGCGCCCGAGCGGCGCGGCGCUGCUCGAGCAGGUCGAGCUGCUGCAGGAGCGCGUGUCGGCGAUGCGCAGCGAGCGGAGCGGCGUGCUGGCCCGGCUCGGCGCUUGCUUGCCCGAGGCGUCUCUCUCCGCGCUGCUGCAGCAGGAGCGGGCGCAGCUGCGGCUGCUCGGCGCGGCAGCUGAGGCGCCUCCCUCGCCCUGCACACUCGCCUCCCUCCCC